UGACGUCAUGUCGGCCCCGGGUUCUUCUUCGAAAAUGGCGGAAGGUGGUGGCCCCGCUCCCGAUUUGGAGACGCAGCGCAACGAGAUAGCAAAUUGGUUCAAGAAACCUCUGAAAAAGGACGACCUGUGGUAUAUGGUUGACAAGAAAUGGUUCAACCAGUGGAAGAGGUACGUCGGCUACGACUCCUGGGACACAUCCAACGACAUCGGCGAGCAGACCACGCACCCGGGGCCGAUUGACAAUUCGCCGCUGCUCAGAGAGGACAACAGUGGGGAGAUCAGGGACCACCUGAUUGAGGAUCUCGACUACCUGCUACUCCCUCAGGAGGCGUGGGACAGGAUGGUCGCCUGGUAUGGCCUCACCGAGGGCCAAUCGCCCCUGUCACGCAAGGUCAUCGAGAUUGGCUUGUUCGUCAAAAACUGCAAGGUGGAAGUGUCUCUCAUGGAGUUCAAACUGUGCACCAACUCCAAUAUGGAUCAGUUUGUCACGCGGAGGUUCAGCAAGGUCGACACCAUAGGCCAGGUGGAGAAGGACAUGCGCACCAUCUUCAAGGUGCCGGCCGAGAAGGACACCAGGUUGUGGAACCGUUGCAGCAGCAACACGUACGAGCACUUGCCCGAUCGGUCGCGCACCAUUCAGGACGUGGGGCUCUACUCCGGUCAGAUUCUCCUUCUCGAGGAACGGAACGACGAUGGCUCAUGGCCAAGGCAAGUGAAAAACAGCAAGCCUCCUUACACAAACAGCAGAGGAUCGGAACACAAAAUAUAUGGUGCACCAGGCAACACAAUAGCAACGAGGAGUUACAGCGCUGUAAGUAGCUCGUACAACAGCUACGGCGGCGGCUACAACUACGAUCUCCAGGGGGGCAACACGCCAGGUCUUUGCGGCCUCGGUAACAUCGGCAACACCUGUUUCAUGAACGCCGCCCUACAGUGCAUGAGCAACACGCCGCCGCUCACAGAGUACUUCAUGACAGACCGGUAUCUGUCAGAGCUGAACGACAGCAACCCGUUGGGCAUGCGGGGCGAGAUUGCCAAGUCCUAUGCUGACCUCAUCAAGGUCAUGUGGUCCGGGAACUGCUCCAGCGUCAUACCCAGGCCAUUCAAGAUGGCAGUGGGUCGGUUCGCACCUCAGUUCUCCGGCUUCCAGCAGCAAGACUGCCAGGAGCUCAUGGCCUUUCUCCUGGACGGCCUGCACGAGGACCUCAACAGGGUCAUCAACAAGCCCUACAUCGAGCUGAAGGAUAGCGACGGGCGGCCCGACGAGGUGGUAGCGCAAGAGGCCUGGCACAACUACCUAUUGCGCAACAACUCCAUCAUCGUUGACAUCUUCCAUGGGCUGCUCAAGUCGACGCUUGUGUGCCCGGACUGCCACAAGCUCUCUGUGACCUUUGACCCCUUCUGCUACCUGUCCUUGCCCCUGCCUUACAAGAAGGAAAAGCCUCUCGAGCUGAUCCUCGUCCGGGCGGACCCUCAUGAGAAGCCUAUCAAGGUGAAGGUGACCGUGUCGAAAAUGAGCACCAUACAGGAUGUAUGCAACUCCAUAUCCAGGUUGAUGGACAUCCCAGCCGACAGGCUGGUGGUGACCGAAGUCCACAACCACCGGUUUCUCAGGGUUCUCACACACUCCGACCAGGUGGACACCCUCGAGCGAAGCGACGUCUUCGUGUACGAGAUGCCACAGUCGUCUGACAACUCAACCUUGUUCCUCCCCGUCUACAUGCGGGAAAAGAGCUCGCAGUGUGCUACCAACAGCCGGGCAGCGCCAAGCUGCCACCUCUUCAGCUACCCCUUCUUUGUGUCAGUGCCUGUGAAAGACUGCACUUACGACACGCUGUAUGAGCGCAUACUCAACUGCCUCGUGAGGUACGUGACUCCUCCGAAGCCUGGCGAGGAGUUCUGUGGCAGUGAGAGCAUGGAGGAGCAGAACGGAGAGCUUCACAAUGGCCAGGACGAGCUGUUCGCCGACGCGGACGAAGAGAUGCCCAGCGAGACGUCGCCCGAGCCGCCGCCCAAGGAGUGCCCGAACAAGAAGCGGCGCCUGUUCACGCUACAGUGCAUCAACGAGAACAGCUCGCUCAACCUGGCCAGCCUGGUGGACAACGGCCAGCCCCUGAAGCUGGCGCCACGCACAUACUUGGGGGCCGACUGGCUGCCCAAAGUGCGUGCGCAGUACUUUGAUGAGGCAAAAGCGGACGACGUGCUGAUCCACGAGUCGGUGCACCAGCGAGCGGUGAAACGACAGCUACAGCUACGCGAGUGCCUGGAGCUGUUCACGACGACCGAGAAGCUGGGUGCCGAGGAUCCCUGGUACUGCCCCACGUGCCGCAGCCACAAGCAGGCCACCAAGAAGUUUGACCUGUGGAGCCUGCCCCGAGUGCUCAUCAUACACCUCAAGCGCUUCUCCUACAACAGGUUCUGGCGUGACAAGAUAGACACCCACGUCGACUUCCCCGUCACUGAUCUCUGCAUGGAUGACUAUAUCAUCAACAGAAAGCACGAGCGAGCGGUUUAUGACCUGAUCGCUGUCGCUAACCACUACGGUGGCAUGGGAGCAGGCCACUACACGGCGUACGCCAAGAAUAAGGAGACGCAGAAGUGGUACCACUUCGAUGACUCUAGCGUUUCCUCGGCGACGGAGGACAAUGUUGUGUCAAAGGCAGCCUACGUGCUUUUCUACAUCCGGCGAGACUCAGGAAGGCAAGCGUCACCCAAGAAGCGCAGCCCAGCAGCGGCGACAACCAGGCAGAGCUCUUCCGCGGCAGUCGACGAGGAGCGGAUGGACCUCAGCUAGGGCGCCGCCGGGACGCGUGUGAGAGCCGUGCCUCGGAAGCGGCCCCGGCAGCGUUGACGCACGCGUCGUGUGGGGAGACCGUGUGGUGCGCCGCGGAUAAGACUGUUGCCGCCGCCUCCGCCGCUGGGCACGGCGAGGCAUCCGAGGGGACUGGGGGGCGACGAAACGCGGAACUGAGGACGACAAUGCGUGGGUCCCCGAACGA